AUAAGGUUGGUAGGUUUCAUCUAAUCCAGGAAGUGGUCACAGCCCGAGGGACACGGUAUAAAACGACCCAAGAGGAGGGCAGAAGUCCUCAAUAAAAAGCCGUCCUGCACCGAUGCUCAACGAGGAAGGAACUUUCUUUCAACACGGUAACUGCUAUAACAAGGAUGGGCUCUGUGAAACCAGCUGGACUGUCUCUCCUUCUGUUGUCUUUUCUGGUCUACAUAGCUGAUUCUUACCCCAAACGUGACCUAUCAAACAUGGGCUGUGACGAGUGCACACUGAAGAGGAACACUAUUUUCUCGAAGGAUUCCCCGAUCUACCAGUGCAUGGGCUGCUGCUUCUCCAGAGCGUACCCAACACCUCUCAAGUCCAUCGUGACAAUGCCGGUCCGAAAGAACAUAACCUCGGAGGCGACUUGCUGCGUGGCAAAGUCGAGCUACGAGGUACAAGUACAGACACUUUCAGCCAACAUACCGGUGAAAAACCACACCGAGUGCCACUGCAGCACCUGCUAUUACCAUAAGAUAUGAAGACGGGAACUCAAGACCUCUCUGCAGUGCUCCGCUUAGCAAUGAAUUGUGUCUCUUUUAAUUUGCACAAGCUCAUUUCCGUUUUAAAUGGCACUUCACAUGUUGCCAGAUAAUAUUUUUGUAGCAAUUGUGUGGUUGUGUAAUUAUCCUAUAUUUGCAUUGAGACGUGUACGUGCUUAUUUGUAGAUUAAAAAGCAAUUCAAAUGGGCAACACUGAUGUUUCUUCAUGAAUGUGUCUUACAACAAAAGGUGAUGCACCUCGCUAAGUCACUUUGGAAAACUAUGUUGGCUAAUGCAAUUAAACGUGAGGAAUAACACAAAUAAAAGUCUGACAGGGAA